UGCUUGUUUCGUUUCUAUACAAUCCUUUUGCCUGCGACUUCUGAAGUUGUCUGGCUAGUGUACGUCUCAUGCGUAAAAAAUUAUAAAAAGGACGCGAGAUGUCGUUAUCAACGGCGCGGCCACUUAUCACGGUGUAUACCGACAAAAAUGAGGCAUCAGGAGAAACAAUUUCCUUGCCAUCUGUAUUUAAAGCUCCGAUUCGACCUGAUAUUGUGAACGUUGUUCACCAAUUAAUCUCUACUAACAAAAGACAACCGUACUGUGUGUCUAAAGAGGCUGGUCAUCAAACCUCUGCAGAAUCAUGGGGUACUGGACGUGCUGUAGCACGUAUACCUCGUGUACGUGGCGGUGGUACUCAUCGUUCUGGUCAGGGUGCUUUCGGUAAUAUGUGUCGAGGUGGACGCAUGUUUGCGCCUACCAAGCCAUGGCGACGUUGGCAUCAUCGUGUCAAUGUCAACCAGAAACGUUAUGCUCUCGUUUCUGCCAUUGCUGCUUCCGGUGUUCCAGCACUUGUGCAAUCUAAAGGACACUUGAUCCAUGAGGCCCCGGAAUUUCCAUUGGUUGUUUCCGAUAAGAUUCAAGAAUACACUAAAACAAAACAAGCUGUCAUCUUUUUGCGACGUAUCAAGGCUUGGAAUGACAUUCAAAAGGUGUACAAGUCGCAACGCUUUCGUGCCGGAAAGGGUAAAAUGCGUAAUCGCCGACGCAUUCAACGACGUGGACCUUUGAUUGUUUAUGGUCAAGAUCAGGGUAUUCAUAAAGCAUUCCGGAACAUCCCCGGUGUCGAUUUGAUGAACAUCAACAAGAUGAACUUGUUGAAACUGGCGCCUGGUGGUCACGUUGGACGUUUCGUAAUCUGGACAAAGUCUGCUUUUGAUCAGUUAGAUGCUUUGUAUGGAACUUGGCGCAAAGAGUCUCAACUCAAGAAGGGCUACAACUUGCCGUUCCCUAAAAUGGCAAAUACGGAUCUAUCCAGGCUGCUUAAGUCCGAAGAAAUUCGUAAAGUUUUGAGGGCUCCUAGGAAGAAGGUGGUGCGCAGAGUGAAGAAACUGAAUCCGUUGACCAACACACGGGCUAUGUUACGUCUUAAUCCGUAUGCCGCGGUUUUGAAACGCGCCGCUAUCUUGACCGCGCAGAAGCGCCAACACGCGAGGGAUCUUCUUCUUGCUGAGAAACGAGGUAUCAAAUUAUCGAAGAGUGCACCAGCAUCGAAGACCGCUGUGCUUUUGGCGAGAAGGAAAGAACAGUUGGUAAAAUCCAAAAAACUGAAGGAUCCUACAAAAGCUAAAGUUGAGAAAGAUACCGCGAAAACCGGUGCCUCAAAACAACAAGCUAAAAAGUGAACAAUAAACGUUGAUAAUUUCAACGUUGUUGAUCUAUAAUUUUUAUUUCUUCCUCUGAAUAAAACACUUAAAAUUACAA